GUGCAAUCGAUUUUAGUCAGGUGUAGUCUCUGCUUGGUAACGGUCGAACGUUAAAAACAUUGAGUGUGUUCCAAGAGAAAAUUGUGGAAAUUUUUUUUAGUUCAACAGAAAAAGCUUGUUUUCUUUGUCAUUCAUGUGAAAAAUGAUAAAUGUUAAAAUGCACAUUGGAUAGAAAUUGUUUCGUUGUUGUGGGUUUAGGUGAGGGAGAGGUUCAUUUACAAUGGGAGCAGGACAUUGCUUUUGGAUUUUGUAUCUAGCCUGUUUAUGUAGUGCAUCACUGGGAAACAAUGCCAAAAUCAACUUCAGAGAAAAGGAAAAGAAAGUCUUAGAUCAAAUUUUAGGUCAAGGCAAAUAUGAUGCGCGCAUCCGACCAUCUGGCAUCAAUGGUACCGAGUCACAAAACAUCGCCACAGUCGUACACGUCAACAUGUUUCUUCGUUCCAUAUCAAAAAUCGACGAUUACAACAUGGAAUACAGCGUACAGCUAACAUUUCGAGAACAAUGGCUAGACGAACGAUUGAAAUUCGAUGACAUUGGGGGUCGUCUUAAAUAUUUAACACUAACGGAAGCAAACAGGGUAUGGAUGCCCGAUUUGUUCUUUUCCAACGAAAAGGAAGGUCAUUUUCACAACAUCAUCAUGCCGAAUGUGUACAUUAGAAUUUUCCCAUACGGAUCAGUAUUGUAUAGCAUUAGAAUAUCGCUCACACUGGCAUGCCCAAUGAAUUUAAAACUAUAUCCGCUGGACAGACAAGUUUGCUCACUUCGUAUGGCCAGUUAUGGUUGGACUACGGCUGAUUUAGUAUUUUUAUGGAAAGAAGGUGAUCCGGUACAGGUUGUAAAGAAUUUACACCUACCACGAUUUACGUUGGAGAAAUUUUUAACAGAUUAUUGUAACAGUAAAACGAAUACAGGUGAAUACAGUUGCUUAAAGGUGGACCUACUGUUUAAGCGCGAAUUUUCCUAUUAUCUCAUUCAAAUCUACAUACCAUGUUGUAUGUUGGUAAUCGUAUCAUGGGUUUCAUUUUGGUUGGACCAAGGAGCCGUUCCGGCACGUGUUUCAUUAGGCGUAACCACCCUUCUGACAAUGGCCACCCAGACAUCUGGCAUCAAUGCAUCCUUGCCACCCGUAUCAUAUACAAAAGCUAUCGAUGUAUGGACUGGUGUAUGUUUAACGUUUGUGUUUGGGGCGUUACUCGAAUUCGCUCUGGUCAAUUAUGCUUCCCGUUCAGCAACGAAUAAAUAUGACUUGCAUCGUGAAAACAUGAAGAAGAAGCGACGAGAAGUGGAACAAGCUAGUUUAGAUGCAGCAUCGGAUUUAUUGGACACAGAUAGCAAUGCGACAUUUGCAAUGAAGCCGUUAGUACGUCAUCCCGGUGAUCCGUUAGCACUGGAAAAAUUAAGACAAUGUGAAAUUCAUAUGGCUCCACCGAAACGACCUAAUUGCUGUAGAACUUGGUUAUCGAAAUUUCCAACCAGUCAUUGUUCUAGAUCUAAGAGAAUCGACGUUAUAUCGAGAAUAACGUUUCCACUCGUAUUCGCCCUAUUCAAUCUGGUCUACUGGAGCACCUAUCUCUUCAGAGAAGAGGAAGAAAAUUAAAAGUAAAAACCACCAAAUCAUACAGCAACAUAAAUAAAAUGACAUUGAAUUCAUUAAAUAUAAAAAGAAAAUAAUAGUCAAGUACAGUGAGAAAUUAUUAAGAAAUUAUAAAUUAUGAAUUUGAAAUCAAGUUUUAAUAAUGGACACGUAUAACAUUACCUAAACUAAACUCACAUCCAAUCACAACUUAAUAAAAUGAAAAUGAAAACAAUUUCCUCACCAUUUUAUACACAUUGAUUCACACACAUCAAAAAAUGAAAAGUUUUUAUUCAAAAAAUGAAAAAUGUUACAAUUAGAAAUGGAAUGAACCACCCCCGCCCAUUUUAAAACGGCAUAUUAGUUAUAAAUUAAUUUAAAAAAAAUCAAUUGUGUUUAACACAGAAAAGACAAGACAACACCUUCGUAAACUGCAAACCAAAAACCUAAGAUAUAAAAUGAAUAAAUUUAAGAAAAUCUAGCAAGUAUUAAAACUCUGCAUGAAUCCCCUAUAAACUCAAUAUAAAUGCAUAAUAAUAACAUGGCCGGUCAAACAAAUAUAUUUAUUUAAAGUUCGAUUACCAUCAGAUUUUCACCUUUUAUAAUGAAAGUGUUAAGGCCAGGCGAGUGACUGUUUUAACUGCAUUAUAUGGUCCCUAUACUCUGGACCACCAACAAACCGAAACCAGAUUUCACCAGAUUUCCGAACAAUUGAGAUCACAGUCCUAUCAACAACUUAUGUGCGCAUUUCUUGACUCAAUACAUCCGUAUAUUGUUAGUGGUAGGGUUCAGGGGAACAUUGUGUUUUGAACCAGAAUUUCUCAGGUGAGAGCAUUCAAGCACCUCGGCAAUAUUUCAAUUACCCACGCGUAGCCUCUCACAGAAAUAUGGCCAAUUUUUUGGGAAUAUUUUUCCUAAAUUUGCUAAAAUAUCCCAAAAAUUGUUGAAAUUUUUCCGAAAUUUCCCAAAGUUUUCACAAAAUUUUCUGAAGUGUACUGGUUUCUUGUCCAAAAUUUACUAAAAAUUGUUAAAAUUUUCCGAAGCAAAUCUCGGGAAAUCUUAGCAAAUGUUGGAAAAUUUAAGCAAAUUUAGGAGAAAUAUUCCCAAAAAAUAGGCCCUGCACAAGGUAUCCACAGGCUUGUUAUUUAUAUGAUCCCAAUAAGUCACUUCCAUCAAAAUAAAUUAGUUUUUCCGGACCGAUAGACUCGCUCGAAUGACGGCAAAAAUUUGCGAAUCAUUUUGCCAAUUUUUCUUCAGUUUCUUUACUUGAAACCAUUACGGUUUCUGACCGACCAUGCACAUAUUUAAAUAACAUACAGGGUUCCCGUUUUGAUAAAAAUGAAAUUAUAUAGUGAUUGUUAAUUAUUAAGGAAAACAAUAAAAA